AAUAGUUUAUAACGAUCAGUUUAAGCCUGUAAUGACGUUUAGCUUCGCGUCGCGCUCUACGUGUCGUCAUCACCCUGCGACGCCGUGUUCUCCGUUGACCAUGUGAGCUGAUUUAAAGGGAUGUAAAACAUUGAGAGCACUAAAGGAAACGUCAGUGUGACUGAAUACACGUUUUGUUUGCUUACUGUGAGACACUGAAAAGAGUGAUGUUGGAGAAGAUGGGAGCAAAAGGGCAGAAGCAUGUUGGUGAAAAAGGGCAGAAGAGGAUGAAUAAGAAGCCUGAUCGGAGUAAAGGAGGAGUAAACAACAGCCUUGAUGAGGAAGGGGGAAAGAGGAAGCGUCUGGAUGCGAUGACUGUGGGUUAUUUUCGUCGUGUGAGUGAGAGACUGAGUGAAGGAUUCACAGACGAUGAAGAGCGAGAUCUCUUUGUCGAAAACGUUCUCUCUGAGGUGAAGGGACAAGCUGGCCUUGUCGCUACAGAUAUGACGGGCAGUCUGGCUCUCCAGAAGCUUCUGUCUUUGGCCAGCCUCAAACAGGUGACGGAGGUUCUGGCCGAACUGGGUGGUGAAACGGGGUCGGAGUUUAAAAGGGUAUCGUGUGACAGAUGUGGAGGUCAUGUGAUAGAAAGUGCUAUCAAGCAAAUGGCCAAGUGGACAGAGGACAGUAUCUCUGAAGAGAAGAGCAGCUCAGGGAAUGAACCUGAGGAAACAGAAAACCGCGGGACGCUCGAGGAUCAGGCCAUAACUCUGUGCCGAGUGGUGAGAGAGAAUCUCGUAGACUUCAUCAAAGACCCUCACGGAUCUCAUGUGCUUCGAACACUUAUACAUGUGCUCGCUGGAUGUUCGACUGCAGAACAGUCCGAUGCACAUCCAGCUAAAAAGCAGAAGAAAGCAGAACCUGAGCUGAUAGACUUUGAAGCACCAACUUCAUUCUGGUGGGAGCUCAAGUACCUUUCAGAGUCUCUGAUGGAAAAUGUUAAUGUUUGUGCCACCAAUCCCACUGCCAGCACCGUCCUCCAGACCUUACUGACCAUCUGCCACAGGAAGAGACCUAUUCUUGCCAAAAAACUGAACAAGGGCAUCAUGGGAUACCUGACAUCUCUGAGCUCAGCUCCUGGAGUCAGCCCUCUCUUGGUGUUUCUGAAGGACCAGUCAUGCAGUCGACUCAUCCAGGUCUUAUUUCAGUUCUCCCAGAAAUCUUUGCUCCGAGACACCUACAAGAACCACCUGAAGGACCAGCUCAUUCCUCUGGCGCUUCACCCAUUUGCAAACUACACCGUCCAGUCUUUGAUAGCAGCGUCGGUCAAUUACAAACUGUUCCUGAAGGUGUUUGACGAGUUGGUGCCCGGGUUCGAGGCGAUCCUUGCGGCAGGCCACAUGGGGGUCGUAGUGCAGCUAGUGGAGAGCUGCAUACACAGAGAGGAGAGACAGGCUAGCAUGCUGCAGCACCUCCUAGAGGCUUUUCACUGCAAUGAGCCCUCCACACGUCUUCUCACCUGUCUCCCUCUCUUCCUGUCCUUACUGACAUACGAGGUGUACUACAACCCAGAGGCAGCAGAGGGCGAUGCUGUCCCUCAGCGCCCCCUUUCCAUCUGCUACCACGGCUCGCGCCUGGUCCAAGCGCUGGCCCGGUUUAAAGACCGCUCCAUCCUGAUGAACAGUCUGCACAGCCUGAGCACAGCCGAGCUGCUGAGCCUGGGCACAGAGCAGACAGGCAGCCAUGCCCUUCAAGCCCUCAUCACACUCUCCAGUGACAAAGGAAAAGGAAAGAUCCUGAGGAAGCUUGAGGGUCUCUAUACUCCGCUGGCCUGCUCCAAAUACGGCAGUCGGCUUUUGGAGGCCGUGUGGAGCAGCGCCACCAUCAGUCAGAGGCAGAGCAUCGCAGAGCAGCUGGUCUCCAGCGAGUCUCAGCUGCGCUCAGAUCAGUUUGCACGGCACGUCUGGGCAAAAUUCAGCCUCGCACACUUCCAGAAGAGACGCGGUGCCUGGAUGGAGCUUCAGACGGGAGAAUCGAAGAAGAGAAAGAUGUUCAGUGACAUUCUGGAGUAACUGUUUUUGAUCUGGUUCUCUUUUUUUCAGGGCUUAACCAAGUGUUAAAUCACUUCCUGUGGACUGAAAUCCUACACCUCUAACACAGCUCCUACAGAGUUACAGUUAAUCCUCUGGUAUUUGAUUUGGUCAGAGGUUUGAGUAACGCUUGAGCUUUUUCUGUGUAGGUGACGUGUGCAGAGAAAAUCGUGCAUUUUUCUAAUCUCUCAACAAUACUGUUUUAAUGCAUAUCGGAUUUUCAUGGCAAUAAAGUGUCAAGAAAAAAGUAAUGGCAUAUUUAAGAGUAAUAAAAAAAUAUAAAUAAAUGAAAGAUUUGAUCUUUUACUCCAAAGGAA